CAGGCAGCUCCGCGCUCGCACUCCGGCUCUGCUACCCUACCGCGCUCGCGUCUCCUCUCGCUCCGCUGCCUAAGGGCCCCUCGCCACCGCCACCAUGGACGCCAUCAAGAAGAAGAUGCAGAUGCUGAAGCUCGACAAAGAGAACGCCUUGGAUCGAGCUGAGCAGGCGGAGGCUGACAAGAAGGCGGCGGAAGACCGGAGCAAGCAGCUGGAAGAUGAGCUGGUGUCACUGCAAAAGAAACUCAAGGGCACUGAAGAUGAACUGGACAAAUACUCCGAGGCUCUCAAAGAUGCCCAGGAGAAACUGGAGCUUGCGGAGAAAAAGGCCACAGAUGCUGAAGCUGACGUAGCCUCUCUGAACAGACGCAUCCAGCUGGUUGAGGAGGAGUUGGAUCGCGCUCAGGAGCGUCUGGCCACAGCUCUGCAGAAGCUGGAGGAGGCCGAGAAGGCUGCAGAUGAGAGUGAGAGAGGCAUGAAAGUCAUUGAAAGCCGAGCCCAAAAAGAUGAAGAAAAGAUGGAGAUUCAGGAGAUCCAGCUGAAAGAGGCCAAGCACAUUGCUGAAGAUGCUGACCGGAAGUAUGAAGAGGUAGCCCGUAAGCUGGUCAUCAUCGAGAGUGACCUGGAGCGUGCAGAGGAGCGGGCUGAGCUCUCAGAAGGCAAAUGUGCCGAGCUUGAAGAAGAAUUGAAAACGGUGACGAACAACUUGAAGUCACUGGAGGCUCAGGCUGAGAAGUACUCUCAGAAGGAAGACAAAUAUGAAGAGGAGAUCAAGGUUCUCUCUGACAAGCUGAAGGAGGCUGAAACUCGGGCUGAGUUUGCAGAGAGAUCAGUAACCAAAUUGGAGAAAAGCAUUGAUGACUUAGAAGAGAAAGUGGCUCAUGCCAAAGAAGAAAACCUUAGUAUGCACCAGAUGCUGGACCAGACUUUACUGGAGCUAAACAACAUGUGAAACCCUCCUUAGCUGCGGCCACAUCCCCCCCCCCUCCCCCACCAUGUUUAAUUUUGUCUUUAAACACAUGCUUACCGUGAAACCCCUUCAAUGCGUUUUUUUAUAUAUAUAUAUACUUUUACCACUGUCACUGAAACAUCUGCCAAGAGCAAGCUAGGGCAGGGGUUGGGGAAAGAUGCGCAGAAAGGCAAGCCCAAGUUGGGGCACUUGUUAUUUAAAUGUGCCAUUUCCCAGGUUGCCACACUUCAUAGAGUUUAGGCAGGCAGUUUGCUUAGCCAGUGUAGGAAGCCUCAUGAGAACAGAACAUUAACAGCCAGAGUGCCAAUGGUGGGGUCAGCAGGAAGACUGAUGUUGGAGACAAUCAGGUGCAGGUGCGGAUUGGUGCUAAUUUAAACAAAAGGGCCCUGGGGUCUUUUGUUCAAUAUUAUACAACUUAGACUUCUGUCCAACACUAAUUUAUUUUGUCUUGAGUUGUACUGCGAGAGAAAAAUAUGGGUUUCGUAUGCCCGUAUUCCUUAAAGCCAAGGGUUUGAAAGCCACACUGGUCUUCUGAGAUUCCCAGUCCUUCCUCAGCUGACAUGCCCGUAGCCCCUUCCGACUCAGCAAGGCGAGUGCUCAAUGCGGAUCGCCCCCCUGCCUUCCCCCCACUUCCCAGUUCUCCAUGUCAGGGUAAAAGAUCUAGGCACUACAUAUGUAAUUGGUAAAGAAAAGGCAUUUUCUUAAGAGUUAUAACUAUGUAAACAUUGUAUAAUGAUAUGAAAUAAAACGCACAUUUAGGACAUUUUCUAAA